AUGGGUAGUCCAUGUACGCCCACCUUCGCUAACCUCUACCUGGGCUGGUGGGAACGGGAAGUGGUAUUUCAAGAUGAGGGCAACAAGUGGACUGACUGUAUUAGCCUGUGGCUACGUUAUAUAGAUGAUGUCCUCAUUCUUUGGUCGGGGAGUAAGGCUGACUUUGAUAAGAUUGUAGAGGACCUAAAUAAAAACGAUUUGGGACUGUUCUUUACAUCCGAGAUCCAUGAACACCAGAUUACCUUCUUGGACCUUACCAUCUAUAAGGACAGAGAGGGAUCCAUAAAGACCAACCGAGUAAAGACUAUGAUUCAGAAGGGGGAAGGGCCGAUGUCAAUCAUUAAUAUUCUUUUUGAACAUUCAUUUACAACCAAUAAGAAGCUGUAUUUGGCUAUCAUCACACUGAACAUUAUUUUCCUGGUUUGGAGUCUACCAAAGCUAGGAGCUGGACAAAGAGGCCAGAACCUUUACAGGGAUGUGAUCAUCCAUGUAGAAAACAAUAAAAGCAAUUUAAUUUCUAAUAACACAAUCACACCUCUAGAAAACAAUAAAACCUUCAUCAUAGCAGCUUAUUAUGAUGGCAGAGAGUCCCGCAGAGUGCGUGUGUUGACCAUUAUCCACGAAGAAGAUGUGAAGGAGCUAUAUUGUUGGUUUUACUGUUUGAAUGACCUUGGAUAUUUCUCCGUAAAAGCAACCAUAGAGAUCCACUACCAAUGGUUUGGGUUUCCUUAUGGUCCAGCAGAUGUGGUCUGCCCUGAACCUCUGAACUGCUCUUCUCAGCACAUCUCCAUCCAUUGGUCCAACAUAACAAACCCAAGUCAUGUUCCUGUGUUUGAGAUAAAGAACCGCAAUCCCCAGACUUUCUCGGCAAACUUCACAGUGUGUAUCUCUACCAUGUUUGGAAACCAGGACAACAUAUUGCAGUUUAUCCAGGCCAUAGAGAUGUAUCGUCUUCUAGGAGCCCAGAAGGUGGUCAUCUACAAGAAUGGCUGCAGUAAGGCCAUGGAACGAGUCCUUGAUUACUAUGUCUCAAAAGGGGUUAUAGAAAUUGUACCUUGGCCAAUAGACACAUUUUUGAGAACUUCUGUUGCCUGGCGCCAAAAUAUGAACCCUGAAAGCCAAAUUGGUUAUUACGGGCAGCUCUCAUCACUGAAUGAUUGUAUGUACAGAAACAUGUACAAAAGUCGAUAUGUCAUCUUCAAUGAUGUGGACGAAAUCAUUUUGCCGAGACAUAACACAACAUGGGAUGAAAUGAUGGAAGUCCUAGAGAAAACCUAUCCAGAUAAGGCUGCAUACUUGGUAGAAAACCAUUACUACCCAAAGAACAUCACUGUGCCUAAUUUUCAGACAGCUUUUCCUAAAAGUGUACCAGGAACCAACAUUCUUCAGCUGAUAUACUAUGAGCCAGAAAUUCCAAAUGGCUUUAACGGCCGUAAGAUGAUAGUCAACCCACAGGAAGUCAUUCAGGUGUCAGUUCACUCUGUAUUAAGAGCUUAUAAGAAAAGAGUUUUUGUUCCCAAUGAUAUCGUAAGCCUUCACCAUGGCCGGUCACCAAAGCAGCCAGAUCUCCCACAGACAUCUCUCAUAAGAGACACGACCAUAUGGAAAUACAGUUCUACUCUUAUUACAAAUGUUAACAAGGUUUUGAGACAACUGAACUAUCACUGA